GCACUGUCCGUUGUACUUACUGGGGCGAUCAGGUAGCAUAGCUGUUAAGGUGUUCACUUCUUUCACUGUUUCCGGGUUCGAUUCCCACAUGACAAGAAUGCGUGAAACCUUGUCAACAAUAAGAGGCGUAGAAGGUAAUAUUGACACAAUAAGCAGGUAUUGGUCUCCCUCCAGUAUUGUCGAUACGACACGCUGUGCUACUCCCCUCAGCCCCACUUGUGGUCGCGCUGUGGUCAGUUUCAGGUCUCCUGUGUUCGUGUGAGAGUGUGAGAGUGUGAUUGCACAGACACACACACACACUCUCUGAUUCAGGCUUUGUCAUUGAUGGAAAUAUAGCACGUUUGGAGCCAUUGCACAUCGCAUCUGACUGACGGGCUGAUCUGCAAGUGACGUCAUGGUGGGUGUGUGGCUGGUCCUCCUCAUCCUCAUCCUUAUGUUCCUGGCGGGGUUAGGGACGCUGAGUCACGGGGUCACCGCCAGACAUACACGCCGCGAUAUGUGUACCCUCAUCCCACUCGCCACUGUCUGCAUCGUGGGCAUCAUCCACAUCUUCCACUACGUCGCCUUCCUCACACUGGCGUCAAAUGACCCCGACAUCGUACUAUUGAAGACAAGGAUACAGUUGGACUACACUUCCAUAAACAUAGUCAUCCUUUCGUUCCUUUGGAGAUUCUAUGCAAUGGCGAGCUUGAAAACGGUUCAGACAAUGAAAGCGUUUGUGUAUUUUGUAUCAACGGCUGUUGGUAUGGUCACGAUCAGGCCGCUAUUUCCCAACAGUCAGUUGUUGAGUUUGGCUCUGUCCCAACAAGACCAUGGCAUGUUUAAAUACUCCUGUAUAGCGUCAUUCUUGUGUGGCCUGUCCAUGGAAUACUUCAUGUUCUACCUGCCUGCGUUCAUCACCAUGUGCAUACUAUACCGCAGAAGUUCAGCCCUGAGUCCCAGUGAGGCCGGUGCACGGAAUGAAGACCCGGUGAUCUCUGUGGAUGUGUUGAAGUUGGGCGGAACAGAAGACAGGUGUGUCAAAUGUGAGACUAUGUCGCCGUUCCUCGACAUGGUGGCGGCGUUCAUGGCGCUGAUGCUCCUGCUGGUGCGACCGCUCUACGUCAUGUUCUACUGCCUUGUUCACGGCAUCACCUUGGACCUGGAUAACGCAUACUGUCUGUUCCCAUUCUAUGUCGCUCUGUGCUUUGUGAACGUCCAGUGUAAGAGAUCACACGAGCCUCACAACAGCUUGCCUCUAGUCUGUUCCGGGGAAGAGGCCAGUGUACAUGUCAAAUAAUAUGUAAAUGAUUCUAUGCCUGGGAACGUGUUGGUAUGUGUCCCUACAGAUAUUUAAGGACAGAAUGGUUGUGUUUAACCAUGAUGUAAAGUGACAUGUGAAUCUGUACAAAUAUAUGCCUUGAAAAAAGUAAAACCCCGUCCGGGAUGUUAUAACUUCACCGGAUGUCGUUUUUCUUUGAUCACAGGUGAAACAUUGUAUGACGAACACGUUAUUAUUGUCUGAAUAUUACCCAUGUAAUUAUGUAAACUGUUGCAGUUUUGAUUAACCGUUUUGCCUCUUACAAUCGAUAAUUUUAGCCACAUUAUGCCCUUUCAGAACUGUGGUCUCGAAUUUCCACAGAAUGUGUACCUUAUUGGUGAAAACACUCCCAGUCACUCUACACUGCGUCUUCAUUGAAAGCAAUGAAGGUAUCUUUGUGACCAUUUUGUUGCCGUCUGACUUGUCCAGCACGUUUCCUCUUGCCCUGACCCUAAUGUCGUAAAUGGCAGCUGUGGCAGCUGUGGCCAUUCUUGGUGGAACACUGCACGUAAUUCCGGAAAGUUCUCCACUUGUGGUUAACCUUGCCGGGCGCUGUCGUUGAAAUGCCCUACACAAGUUAAAACGGGUUCUAUAACGGGGUGUGUGCAGGCUAAGGGUUAGAGAAUUAUGCUGUGGUAAUUCAACCACAGAACUUCGGAAUGUGCAUGGCCGUCCGUGAAAACUGGUCGAUGUUAAGGUGUUGUUGUCCACAUUUGGGUAAAACUUGAUCAAAAAUGUCGCUCAGGGAGCUUUCGCCUUUGAGGAUGCAUUGUACAGUGACUACGUUCGCAAUGGUUGGAAAUAACAUCCCUAGUCCAGUACCUGUUGUACUAAAGACCCGAGAUCUGUUCUCAGGUGGAUGCAGGAAAAAGCUACUACUUUCAUGGACGAAUGAAUGCGUCAGCAUGCCAUCUUAUAUGCUCUUUGCAGUGAGGCAAGGGAUUAUUUCUGUUGGUUUUUUUUCUCGCUGAAUACCCUGCAGCCCUCACGGCAUUGUCAGAGUCCAAACCCGGUACAAUGUACUACCUACAAAUCCUCCACCUCGUUGCACAUGUGUCCUUAAUAGCUAAUGGGUUGGUUAAGUGGUUGGUGCCUAAUGCUUUCUCACGUGUAUAUAUGGGAGUCUUCCAUCCAUGCAAUAAAUUAAAUAAAGGUCAAUUCAAUAUUGCAUGUAAUCUACUAUGUUGGGUUUAUUACAGUGCUACCUCUUAUCCUAUGCUGCCUGUAAAUAAUUGUGAGGUCUGAAAUAAAAUAUUU